UACUCAGCAAAAUGUUUUAUUAUUUGAUACUUAUUACUUUUAAGUCAUAUGGUACUUCAAUUUUGUUUUAAAAAGCUGAUUAUUUUUUAUAUACUUGAAUAGCUGAGUUUCAUUAAAAAAACACGAGAAAGUGGACUUUCUUGUGAUAGAAAAUCAUUUAUGUUAACAAAGUCUUCAGAAAUGUACUGCUUUUGAAUUAGUGUAUUCCCGUAUCCUAAUUCGUCGAUUUUUCCCUGUAUGUAGUGACAUUUACUACGUUAAAUAUUUUGUCACCGCAGAGCACACGUACGAGGGAAGCCGUUAUGAAAGAAUGUAAACAAUUGUGCAUUGGAAGUAUGAUGUUUACAUGUUCGGCAAAACCAAGGUUAGAUACCCGCCUAAAUCAGUACAGUAUCAUAUAAGAAAAAGUGAGAAAAAGGGAUAUAUUCGACAGAAAAAAUAUACUAGAUUUCAACAGCAACAAGAGAGAUAAUCAUCUGAACCAGUACAACCUGAAUCACUGGACAGUAAGGAAUACAAUCUACUUUAUCAGUUUAUAUUGAAAGAACCAAAUGAAAGAUAGAGAACUGUAGGCAUCAAUGCUAGCUGGUAUUUAUAAUACUAGAUUUAUAAGACAUCAAGAAAGACUAUUUGGACCUUAAACUCAAAGGAACUGCUUAAGGACUAAGAAAGAAAACAAACAAGAUGGCAACUGCCAAUAUAUCACAUGUUUCAGAGGAAGUAGAGAACUAUUUGAGACUGCAUCUGUUGCUGAACGACAUUUCUACGAAGGCUGUACGGAUUUUAUUUGAUAAAGAAUUUGACCCUCACUGCUUGCACACAACAAUGAAACGAGAAUAUAAUAACUUAAAAUCUAAACGUAUAAUUAACGCAGAGCAGCAAAAGUUACUUUUACCCUAUAAUGAUGUUCCCAACUCUGAGAACUUUGAUGUCGCAUUAAUGGUAUUACUUAUCAGAAACCUGACAAGUUUGCAACAACCUGCAAAUGGAUAUGACCACUUACCUUCACCAAAUGAUGUAAACAGUACUGAUGACUUGGCAAGAAUCAAAUACUACAGAAACAAGAUAGCUCACCAAAAAGAUGAGAAGAUAGAUUCAGCUUUCUUCAUUGAUGCGUGGGAAGAUAUCAGUGGGGCUGUAGGAAGACUAAGUGGUCAUUAUAUGGAUGAGGAGUGUAAAGAUCUUAGAACGAAACAUUUAGACCAGUCGACAGUACCUUGGAAUAUAAGAGAACAAAACAGUCAGAUAUUGAAACAGUGGCAGAAGAAUGAUGUUAACUUUGUAGAGACGAAAGCUUCAACACAUGUGCUUAAAUGUAUCAAAGAAAAUAGUUGCGUAACUAUUAUUGCUAGUUCUGGAGUUGGAAAGACAGCAACCCUUCAGCAUGUCGUAUUAAAAAUGGCAGAUGAAGGGUAUGAUGCACUACUAGUAACCAAUCCACAAGACAUCAUUAGAUUUUAUUAUCCAAAUCGGAAGGCUUUGUACGUUAUUGAUGACUUCUGUGGGACAUAUUCGAUAAAUGAGACUGACCUUAAGAACUGGGAUUCGGUCAUGAAACGUAUUAAAGAACUUAUUGAAUACAAACACAUAAAAAUUAUCGUGGCCUGUCGAUUACAAGUGUACCUAGAUGAAAAGUUUGAAUCACUGUCGGUUUUCAAAAUCAACGUAUGUAACUUGUUGUCAGAAGACUUGUGCUUAUCAUCUACAGAAAAGAAAUCAAUAGCAGCAAUAUAUUUAAAAACAGAAGCCUCCUGUAUUAUUAACUAUAUUGAUUUACAUAAUUGUUUUCCACUUAUGUGCAAAAUGUAUCAUGAUAAUCCUGAACGCAAUAUAUCAGAUUUUUUUCAGAAUCCAUUUUCUGCGUAUGAAGUAGAGAUGGAACAAAUUAGGAUAAAGGGAUGUCUAGGUAAAUUCUGUGCUUUGUCAUUGUGUGUCAUGUUCAACAAUGAGUUAGAGGAGGAAGUGUUCACAGAAGAUAGAAAUACAGAAAUAAGAACCAUCAUAGAAAACACAUGCAAAGCAUGUAGACUAGAAAAAGGAACAACAGGAUUUACCUUAUUGAAAGAACUCGAUUCUCUUGAACAUACUUUUAUCAAAAAAAUAGGCGGGGCUUACAAAACUAUAAAUGAUAAGCUUUUUGAUUUUUUAUCAAACUAUUUUGGAAAAUAUAUGAUUCAAACUUUGAUUAAGAAUGGGCAUAGUGACCUCAUCAAGGAACGAUUUGUAUUCGAAAGAGAAGACGGAAUGGACCAGUUCAUCACUGUUGUUCCAUUUGAAUAUCAUGACACUUACAUACAGAGGAUAAUUGAUGACUGGUCUAAUGGUAAAGUGGUAACAGUGUUCUGUAAUAAAAAUAUGUAUACACCAAAGUUUAGACAGAUAUUACAUUGUUAUCUGAAAACACUUGAUAAAACAUACCAAAGACAAUUAGCACAAACUCGCGAUAGCAAUAAUAGCGAUACUGUACUAGUACAGUGUUGUCUAAAAGGUGAUAUUUCUUUAAUGCAGUGGUGUUGUGAUCAUGGUGUUGAUGUCAACCUGUGUAGGCAUGAUGGUAUGACUCCACUUUAUUUAUCAUCAAAGGAAGGCAAUACUCAAGUAGUGAAGUUGUUAUUGGAUAAUAGAGCAACCAUUAAUAAGUGUAUAAAUAAUAAAGCAUCCCCUUUAUUUGUUGCUUGUCAGAAAGGAUACAUCGAAACGGUUCAAAUGUUACUAGACAACCAGGCAGACAUUAAUAAGUGUACGAAUGAUGAAAUGUCUCCUCUGUUUAUUGCAUGUCAGAAUAGUCAUUUAGAUAUUGUGAAAUCUUUAUUGGACAACAAAGCAAGCAUAAAUAAGUGUAUGUAUACCGGUGCAUCUCCACUGUUCGUUGCUUGUCAGAAUGGAAAUUCCGAUAUAGCAAAGCUGUUACUUGACAAUGAUGCAAACAUCGAUAAGUGUAUGAAUGAGGAAGUAUCUCCCCUGUAUAUUGCUUGUCAAGAAGGGUAUGCUGAUAUAGUACAGCUAUUAAUGAAUAAUAAUGCUGACAUUAAUAAGUGUAUGGAUGAUGAAACAUCCCCCUUGUACAUUGCUUGUCAAAAUAAUCAUUUACAAAUAGUACAGCUGUUACUUGCUAGCAAGUCUGACAUUGAUGAGUGUUUGUAUUCCAAAGUUUCUCCGUUAUUCAUUGCUUGUCUGAAAGGGUAUCAUGAUAUAGUGAAAUUGUUGCUGCUAAACAUUACAGACAUAAAUAUAUGUAUGAACAAUAUAGCAUCUCCUCUCUAUAUUGCUUGUCAAAAUAAUCAUUUACAAAUAGUUAAGAUUUUAUUGGACCACAAGGCAGAAAUUGAUACAAGUAUGCAUUAUGAAGCGUCUCCUCUGUUCAUUGCUUGCCAGAGGGGAUAUACAGACAUAGUACAACUGUUACUGAACAACAACGCAGACUCAAAUAAGUGUAUUAGCGGUAAUGCUUCGCCUCUGUAUAUUGCCUGUCAAAACAAUCAUAUUAAAAUAGCAAAACUGUUACUAGGCAACAAUGCAGAUAUAAAUAGAUGUUUAAGUGAUGGAACAUCUCCUCUAUUCACUGCCUGUCAGAACAAUUGUGUAGAUAUAGUUAAGUUGUUAUUAUACCACAAUGCGGAUGUUAAUAAGAGUACGACAGACGAUGUAUCUCCUCUGUUUAUUGCGUGCCAGAAAGGAUUUGAAGAAGUAGUACAGUUGUUACUUGACAACCAGUUGGAGAUUGACAAAUGUACUAGUAAUGAAAUAUCUCCUCUAUUUAUUUCCUGCCAGAAUAAAUAUGUAGAUAUAGUUAAGCUGUUAGUAGACAACAACGCAGACGUUAAUAAGUGUACGAAAGAUGAUAAAUCUCCACUGUUUAUUGCUUGUCAUAACGGAUGUAAAGAUAUAGUACAGAUUUUACUGGACAACAAUGCAAACAUUGAUAAGAGAAUGAAAAAUGAAAUAUCUCCUCUGUUUAUUGCUUGCCAGAACAAACAUGCAGAUAUAGUAAAACUAUUAAUAGACAACAGGGCAGAUAUAAAUACAUUUGUGAAUGUUGAACUAUCUCCCCUGUUUAUUGCAUGUCAACAGGGGUGUACAGAUAUAGUGCAGCUAUUACUUGACAACAAAGCAGACAUCAAUCAAUGUAUGAAGGAUAAAAUAACUCCCCUGUUUAUUGCGUGA